AUGUCACGCCGACCGGUGAUACGGGUCAUCGGCUCCCUGAACAUCGACUUCGUCACACGGACUCCCCGCGUUCCGGGCCCUGGGGAGACCCUGUCCGCGACGUCUCUGACAGUCCAUCCCGGCGGCAAAGGGUCAAACCAAGCCGUCGCCUGUGGGAAAGCAGCAUUUACUUCACCAUCCUCUCAGGAUGUCGUGGUCGAGAUGAUUGGUGCCGUGGGUGCGAACGACCCCUACUACGCCUCGCUCCUGAAACCUACACUAGAAAAGAGUGGAGUGAGCACGAACGGCGUCGAGGAGAUGGAAGGCCUCCAGACGGGCACGGCUACGAUCAUCGUCGACGAGGGCUCCGAUGGCGAAAACAGGAUCCUCGUGGUCCCCGGAGCCAAUGCACGGGUCGAUGACCUGGGUAAAGUCUUGGGGAUAGCGAUGCGGGACGGCGCACCGGACGUGGUGGUUAUGCAGGGGGAGAUACCGCGAUCCACAGUGCUCGGAUUGCUGAAGGCGUUCAACUCGACCGAGCACAGGACAUGCGUCAUUUUCAACCCAGCGCCCAUGUUCCCUGACGGGGUCCCGAUUGAGGCUCUCCAGGGCCUCGCCGUCCUGGUGGUCAACGAGACCGAGUGCCGGCAGCUCUUUGCGUCGGUGGACGAGCUGAAGACGGUCCCGGUGUCCCAUGCCGAUGAGCCCAUGCGAGAGUCCGAGCUCGACCGCCUAACGACCUACCUCCACGCCAGGGCAGGAAUCCUCAUCGUGGUGGUGACGCUGGGCUCCCAGGGGGUGUACUAUUCUUUCGAGACACCCGACUUCCUGGACCGGUCGCUGAUCCCGGCCGUCAAGGUGCAGCGGGUCGUUGACACGACCGGCGCAGGCGACACGUUUGUCGGAUACUUUGCGACCGCGGUCGCGCGGCAUCUGGCGCAAGUGAAGGACCUGGACAACCUCAACAUCCGGGAGGCCGUCGUUCGAGCCAACGAGGCAGCCGCCAAGUGUGUGCAGAGAAGUGGCGCGAUGGAGAGCAUUCCCUUUGGAUACGAAUAG